AUGGCUGGGAUGGCCUCCCGGAAGCGGGCGGGGGCGUGGCUGGGAUGGGCGUGGCAGGGUGUGGUCACUGUGGCUCCGCCCCCAGCCUCCCGGAAGCGGGCGGGGGCGUGGCUGGACCGCGAGGGCCGGCGGGUGGCGCCGGGGGACGCGGUGCUGGUGGCCGGGCAGCGCCAGGGCCGGGCGCGCUUCUACGGCCGCACCGACUUCGCCCCCGGGUACUGGUUCGGGGUGGAGCUGGACUCUGCGGGGGGCAAGCACGACGGCUCCGUUUUCGGGGUGCGCUACUUCACCUGCCCCCCCAAACACGGCGUCUUCGCACCCCCCUCCCGCGUCCAGAGGGUCGGGGGUCCCAAGGAGGAGCCCGGGGAUGGCAGCUCCGAAAAGAAGGGACAGCCCGUCACAGUGUCACAGCCCAAGCGCUUCCCGGCCGUGCGGACCCCCAAGGACAUCACAUCCGAGAGCUCCUUCUCCAGGUUACUGUUCUGCUGCUGGUUCCCGUGGAUGCUCCGGCCGAGAUGCAUUGUUAUUGACGCCCCUAAGCCACGCCCCCAUCUUAGCCCCGCCCAGGGCGUGUCCCCGUCAGCCCCAGGCCACGCCCCCGGGCGGUUCCCGCCGUCCCUUCCCGGUUCGCGCUCCCGGCCCCGCCCCCAGGCGUGGCCCCGCCCCUUUCCCCGUUCCGGUUCCGAGCCCGCUCCGGACCGGCGCCGCUCCCGCAGCCGCUCCCAGUGCUCCCAGUAG